GACAACUUCAUAGCAAACUGAACGUUCUCCUGUCAACAUUGACUCUGAGAUGUGGGAAUUACGUGUAAAUAAUCAUAUAAAAGAUUGACAGCUGGUAGGAGACUUGAAAUAAUUAGUGACAAUGUGGCAAACGAGAAUGGACAUGACUCGAGACGAAUGCAGAAAGUGUCUCAGGUGUUUGGAGUUGGAUGCCUAUGGAAAUAUGGUGUCGGUGUUGAGGGCCCAGGGGCCCUUUACCGAUGACAAGAAGAGACUUCUGGAAGAAUUGACGAAAGUACUUCAUAUCUCGAAUGAAAGGCAUCGAGCGGAGGUCAGACGAGCUGCCAAUGAUGAAAAACUGUCAAUUAUUGCUGAACAAUUGAAUGGGCCAAAUACUUGGACGGAUUGGGCGAUCGAGGGAAGGAGAACAAUUCCUCUGUUGCCGCGAUUAAAAGCUCACACAGCAUUCACUGGUUUGGCGAAUAGUUUAUCACUGGUAAUAGCAACUGCUAACGAAAAGAAAGUGCCAUUCGAGGAGAGACGAGCUGAGUCAAUAGUUAAAACUGAGACAUCUCUCGAUGAUGUGCCCCCUGAGAAGCCCCUGCAGAAGUUACCACCGAAGACUCGUGGGAGAAAGCGAAAAAAAUCAUUACCAGAUAAUUCCCAAGACCUGAGAAAUCCCAAACUGAGUACCAGUGAUAUGUAUAAUCAUGGUGCAAUUAUUAGGACGAUAAGUAAUGACUCAAGUAAUGAAAUAAGAUCAUCACCACUGCCGUUUAAUUCCGCUGAUGUUGUAAAAAAUCAUGAGACAUCAAUAUCGAAAUCCCCAGGAGUUCCUCAACCCCAGGAAGACCCUCCAUCGCUACCCCAAAAUUGUACAGUACCUCCAGAAGAUAAAAUUCAAGAUAGCGAAAGCACAAGUACGAUAGCUUGCCAAUUAGAGAUAAAACGAGCGUCAGACACUGCCAUUACAAAAAUUAAUUACGAUAUUAAUGACGAGGGUGAGGUGGAUCCCGAGGGUUGGAAUUCCAUUCGAGAUGAAGAUGCAGUGAAGGUGGAGGUGGAUGAGAUGAUUAAAGAAGAGAUAGACAGGAUUGAAGAGAGCGAAUUUGAUAGAGUUAAUGAGGAUUAUCCUGAGGAGGUGAAAGUGGAGAAUUCAUUGGGUACAUCGAAUUCAUCGAGUGUGGAGAGGAUACAAAGUACAAAUAGCGAGGAGAAUUCGAUUGUUUCUGAUGGGUCAGGGGGCAACUUCGAGGAUGAUCUAGGGUCCAGGGUUUCAUCGUCUGAAGGGGAGAGGAGUAAUUCCAAGGCUGAAGUCCUCAAUGAUGAAGUUGUAAAAAAGAGAAUUAAAUUGAACUUCAAUAACACAAUAAAUAUCAGAAGUUUAAAUAAAUCUAGAUUUGGAUCGAAAAAAAAUAUAAUUAUGGUACAAAAAGGAAUGAAAUUAUCGCACGCCGGGGAGGACAGCUCUAAUGAAUUAAUUAUAGAGGACAAUUUACGAAUCUCCAGUAAACCCGUCGUGAUAAUGCCAGAGCAGUUUCCGAAUAAUAACGAGCAGAUAAUAAAUCAAGGUGUUGAAAAAUCAGUGGAUGCUGUUGUGUUGGGGGUCAGGCAGGAUGACUUAGACUUGGAGAAUCACCACGAGGAUUUCUUUGAUAUGAACUCCAAGACUGGCUCAAUUGAUUCUACUGGAGAGAUGAGUCAUUGUGUAAAUACUGAGGACUUGGGGCAGGAUGAAGGGCUGGGAGAUGCAAUUGCUGGAGAUGAUGAGCAGAGUAAUGACUUUUCUGGGGGUAAUUGCGAGGGAGAGACGGAGGAAAUGAUUGAAAUAACUGAGGAAACUGUUGAUGGGGAAAUACUCAUUGAGGGGGAGAGUGAGACUGUUUUAAUGGAUGCUCAAACUGAAAUAUAUAAUUUCGAACCGACUGAUGACACCGUGUGUGAAAUUCAAAUUGAAGAGGCAGUUUCAUCACCUCUUGACCUAUUUACCACAUCUCUGCCCUCUGAAACAAUUGCCCUGGAGAAUUAUCCCUCCGAGGGCUCACUAACUCUCGGUGAUGAUCCCCCAGUGCAGACGUCUCACGUCGAACAGCUCAAUCACCUCGACUCGUAACAAAUUCUAUUACCCCGAGAGAAUAAUCCUAAAUUGUUGAAUUCUUCAAUUCCCAGUGGGAAAAAAAAACCAGUGAAAUCAUCAGAACGUACCACAGCUUGAAGAAUAUUAUUAAUAUAUAUUUUAUACGUGUAAAUGUAAGUUUCGAGGAUUUUUGUUCACCAGCGUUAGCAACUUUUUUUUUUAUUUAUGUAAAGAGAGUAAUCGAUGUCAUAUAAAUUAUUAGUGUAACCGAGGGCUUUUGAGAAGAUCAGAUUUAUUUUUAAACAACACCGAUUGCUCAUUGAAUUUAUAAUCUAAGUUAUCGAGAUAAGUGCCAAGAAUAU